UUUUCCUGUUUUAAAAUAACAGAUUAAAGAUUAAUAAAUUGCCGCAAUAAUAAAAGUGAAUUCAGUCAAUUAGCUUGUAAUUUUUUGUUCCAAAUCAAAACGAUUCAAGAGAGAAUUGCAUUAUGGGCCAUGAAUUGCUAGAUUGGCAGCCAUCCUGAACACCAUUUGACUACAAUCGAUUUUAUCGAAAUAACUUUUAUCAUUUUUAUGUUUUAUUCAAUUCAUGACAUUAUUUUCUUGUGAAAAACAAAAAAGUAGAUUUUGAAAUUAACUUUCUCUGAUAUUUUUUUCCGUUUUGCUUUCUUAAAGACAUUACUAUCUUUGCCUUUCUUAAGAAGAAGCAGACGAUUUUACAAAAUGGCUGUCUUGCCAUUAUACGCUGAAUCUGUUUCUUGUUUGGAAAAUGUAUUCAGCAAUAUUCAGAUAUCUCCAGAUUUUAACAAAGAUACAACUCUAAAUAUAGUUCAACACUGCCAUGGAAUUGUUCAACAACUUAUGACCACAGAAAAUGACCAGCUUUUAGUGAAUGUGUUGUGGCAUCUUUUGAAGUGUUUAGAAUCUCACCAUAGAAAGAUUGCUAAAUGGAAGAAAAAACAGUCUGAACACCCAAUAAGUGAUACAAGUCCAUCAGAAAAAAGUAAAUUUAAACAAAACCGAAUAACUGCCAUUGAAGACAGCAUAUAUACCAAAAGCCAUUUGACAUUUAAUGAUGUUGCUGGUUUAUCUGAUGCCAAACAGGCAUUAUAUGAAGCUAUUAUAAUGCCUUUGCAGUUUCCACAUCUUUUUACAGGAAAUAGAAGACCUUGGAAAAGAAUAUUAUUGUAUGGACCACCAGGAACUGGAAAAUCUCGUUUGGCACUUGCCCUUUCUUCGGCAAUAACCUCUACAUUUUAUUCCAUAUCAAGUGCUAAUCUCCUUUCAAGCUGGGUUGGGGAAAGUGAAAAAUCUAUCAAAGAACUUUUCCAACAUGCCUGUAGAAACAAAUCCAAAUCAGUUAUUUUUAUUGAUGAAAUUGAUAGUUUGUGCAGAAAGAGAAAUGUGCAAGAAGAGGAACAUACAAGACGAUUCAAAACUGAACUAUUGAAACAAAUGGAAGGAGUUGGCAACACAGAGACCAAAGACAAUAUAUUUCUGCUAUGUGCAACAAACUGUCCUUGGGAACUUGAUGUAGCGUUUUUGAGACGUUUCCAGAAACGGAUUUAUAUUCCACUUCCCGAUAAAAAUUUAGUUUUUAGUCAAACACAGACUUGUGGAACCCACACAGAAGUUCAGAUGGCCUUCUUGGAGAAAUGUUUACUCAGCUCUGUUCUCGUAUUUGACACUAUUGCUAAGAAAAUCUUAGAUGGAAAAUACCUUCCCUGUGAAUCUUACCAUCCUCAAGCUAUUCGCACUGAUCUGAAAGAUUUACCUGCAGCAAGUGUUAUUCCACAUCAAGUUACACUUGAAGAUUUCAUCAAGUCCACGCAGACGCAUACUAAAACUGUUAGUGAAAAUGAUCUCAAACAGUUUAAAGACUUUACCCAAAGGUUUGGAGAGCUUGGGUAAAAUGUUUCUAUAAAGUUUGAAGUACUUUUAUUUAAACAUGUUUUUACAAGUUAGAUUCGUUUCAUUAAAAAUUAAUUUACUGGA